GCCACCCCCGGUCUCGCGGCUUUGCCUCUCUUCCCCCAUCCCCUUCCACCCCGAGCCAAGAUGCCGCAGUACCAAACGUGGGAGGAGUUCAGCCGCGCGGCCGAGAAACUCUACCUCGCCGACCCUAUGAAGGCACGUGUGGUUCUCAAAUAUAGGCAUUCUGAUGGAAGUCUGUGUAUUAAAGUAACAGAUGAUUUAGUUUGUUUGGUGUAUAGAACAGACCAAGCUCAAGAUGUAAAGAAGAUUGAGAAAUUCCACAGUCAACUAAUGCGACUUAUGGUAGCCAAGGAAUCCCGCAGUGUUGCCAUGGAAACUGACUGAAUGGUUUGAAAUGAAGACUGUCAUGUUCUUAGGAAGUAAAUAGAUAAUCUUUUGAAUUUGAGGAAGUGUUGGGACAG